UGCUGUAUGUAUAACGCAUGACUUAAAUAUUGGUCAGAGUGACGCGAUGUAUAAAAGCGUAGUAUAGACGAAGUUGAGAAAUCAGUUAAGGCCGAACUGUCGAGACCAUCAUUGUGAAGAAAACGUUGUGAAAUCGCUCCGACGAUUCAAGUCGUAUCUGCGUGAAACUACAUCAACAAAAUGUCCAAGUUUAUGCUGUUCGUUUGCAUCGUUUUGCUGGCUACGACCGUCAUUACGGCUGCUCCCAACUCAUGCGGUAGACACGGUGACCCUUGCGUUUCCACCAGAGACUGUUGCUCGAACAUGAGAUGUCACGUGUACGCGCAGAGGUGUCAGGUACAGAUCACCGAGGAGGACUUGUUAAAUGCACGUGAGAAGAUCCUUGGUCGGAGAGGGAAGGAUUAUUAAGUAAUUAACAGCGAUAAAUAUAUAUCGAUCAAAGUUUUCAAUGAAUCAGACUGAUUUUCAAAACAAUCUGACAUGUCUCGAAGUUAAUAAAAUAAAUCAUGCGUAAAAGCACAAUUCAA